AUGGCUCGACCGAGAGACUCGCGCUCACCAAGUCCUGCAGGCAGCACCCACAGUUCCCGUCGUUUCCGCAGCGAUGAUCGCCGGGAUAGGGAUCGUCGCAACGAUGGAAGGGACCAUCGUCGGCGCACCAGAUCUCGCAGUCCAGACCCCCGAAAUCGCGACCGAGACAGAGACCGUGACCGUGCACGAGAUCGAGACAACUACCGCCGAAGAGACCGUUCCCUAGAUCGACGAGAUGAUAACCAUUAUCGAGGUGGGCGAAGAGACAAUCGAGAACGAGAUCGCCGAAGAUCGCGAGACCGCUUUGAUGAUCGCAUUCGGUCGCCCAUGACCGACCGACGACGCAACCGCAGCCGAGACUAUGAGCGGGAUGUGAGAAGGCGAGAUGAUUCCCGCAGCCGUGUCUCUGGGCGCCGUGAGGGUACGACUGACUCUCCUGCUCGUAGCAACCGUGAUGAUGGCAGAAAUCAGAAGACGCCACUCGGUGACAGCGGCAGCGGAGGUGCUAGUCAGGUACAAACUCCCAAAGCUGAGGGCGGGCAAGCUGAUGUCGACAAGAAGGCCGAACGACUGGCCAAGCUUGAAGCAUGGAAGAAGAAGAAGGAGAGUGCAAGCCAGAAGCAAAAAGAGGUAAACCCCAGUCAGACAAGGAAUCUCCUUGCUGAAAUGGACAAGAAGGCAAGCGGAGCGUCGUCCAAAACAGUUUCCCCUUCGCUUUCCGCUGCUGCUUCACCUGCUGCGACGCCAAAUGUCGAAUCCCCCGCUGCCUCCUACUCUGGCAAGUUUGAUCCCAAGGCCAUCGCCAAGAAGUCGGCAGCUUCCCGGGCGAACGACGCUUCCAAACCUGCACUUGGCUCCCUAGAGGGACAGCCUGAAAAGAUUUCGGUCCCGGUCAAGCAAGCCACCACUGCAUCCGCUCUUCCUGCGAACAGAACAAAAGCAAGUGGCUUUGGCUUCGUCAAAACCAAUGCAGAGACCGAGAAGCUUGCCGCUAAGCGAAAGCUUGACCUUGACGAGGAAGACACCACUAAGCGGAAGCUUACUAAACUCCCUGCCCUCCCUAUUGAGGCUGAUGACACUCCAUACGCUGACCAGGAUGACGACGAGUCCGAUGGUGAUAACUUUGCCGAGAACGAGGAAGAGGCUGCUGCUGCUGCCCGUGCAGCUCAUGAGCGGCGUUUGCAGGCCGAGAACCAGAUGGAUACAGGCGAGGAAGAUACCAGACCCACGGAUGUGCCAACAAACGGUGAUGUGACAACGAACAAUGACGCUGCCCUGUCCGAACCUGUCACGCAGAUGGAAGUUGACGAAGAAGACGAUGUCGAUCCUUUAGAUGCGUUCAUGGCGGAUCUAAAGCAGACUGAUGUGAGACAACCCAGCAAAACAUCGGCAACACAAAAAGUCCAGGAGCCUGAGGCCUACUUCAGUGAUGAUGCAUAUGACUUCAACAAGAAGGACGAAGGCGAUGCAAGCGCUCUGCUGGCCAUAUCAGCAAAGCGGAAGAAGAAGGAUAUCCCGACAAUUGAUUACAGCAAGAUCGAGAUCGAGCCUAUCCGCAAGAACUUUUGGCAUGAGCCUGCCGAGUUAAGUCUUCUUACGGAGGCUGAGGUGGCUGACCUUCGCCUGGAACUUGAUGGUAUUAAGGUCAAUGGAAAAGACGUCCCCAAGCCUGUUCAGAAGUGGGCUCAAUGUGGUCUCACACGCCAAACACUGGAUGUCAUUGACAACUUGGGUUACGAAAAGCCCACUCCCAUUCAGAUGCAGGCACUCCCGGCUCUAAUGUCCGGUCGUGAUGUUAUUGGUGUUGCCAAAACUGGUUCUGGAAAGACGGUUGCUUUCCUGCUUCCCAUGUUCCGACAUAUCAAGGAUCAGCCCCCUCUUAAGGAUACAGAUGGCCCUAUUGGAUUGAUCAUGACCCCUACUCGAGAACUUGCCGUUCAGAUCCAUCGAGACUGCAAACCUUUCCUCAAAAUGAUGGGUCUUCGUUCUGUUUGUGCUUAUGGUGGAGCGCCUAUUCGGGAACAGAUUGCAGAGCUCAAGCGUGGUGCAGAGAUCAUUGUAUGCACGCCUGGUCGUAUGAUUGAUCUCUUGGCUGCGAACCAAGGUCGGGUCACCAACUUGAAGAGAGUUACGUAUGUUGUGCUUGAUGAGGCCGAUCGAAUGUUUGACAUGGGUUUCGAACCCCAGGUCAUGAAGAUCUUUGCAAACAUGCGACCCGAUAGGCAGACAAUCCUCUUCUCGGCCACUAUGCCUCGUAUCAUCGACUCGCUGACCAAGAAGGUGCUUAAGAACCCCAUUGAGGUCACAGUCGGUGGACGCAGUGUCGUGGCAAAGGAGAUCGAACAAAUCGUCGAAGUCCGAGACGAGCCGUCUAAGUUUCACCGUGUUCUUGAACUUCUUGGAGAACUAUAUGACCGCGAUGAAGAUGCUCGUACCUUGAUCUUUGUCGAGCGACAAGAGAAGGCGGAUGACUUGCUCAAAGAGCUGAUGAUGAAAGGCUAUCCCUGUAUGUCAAUCCAUGGAGGCAAGGACCAGAUCGACCGUGAUUCCACUAUUUCGGAUUUCAAGAAGGGUGUUGUACCUAUCUUGAUUGCCACUUCGGUAGCAGCCCGAGGUCUUGAUGUCAAGCAGCUCAAGCUUGUUAUCAACUACGACGCUCCUAAUCAUUUGGAAGAUUAUGUGCAUCGUGCAGGUCGAACUGGUCGGGCCGGUAACACUGGUGUUGCUGUCACUUUUGUUACACCUGAACAGGAGAAUUGUGCACCAGGCAUUGCCAAGGCUCUUGAACAGAGUGGGCAGCCCGUGCCUGAUAGGCUCAACGAGAUGAGAAAAGCCCAUAGAGAAAAGGUCAAGUCUGGAAAGGCUAAAGACACGUCAGGUUUCGGCGGCAAGGGUCUCGACCGUCUCGAUCAGGAACGAGAAGCGGCUCGUCUGCGUGAGCGUAAGGUUCACAAGGCCGAGGGUGAGGAAGAGGAGGUAACCGAGGACAAGAAGGAGGAAGAGGACGAAAAGGCAGAGAAGGCGCUUGACGCAAUCCGAGCUGCAGCAUCUGGUGUGCUGGCUCGCGAGUCAGCCAAGACUGAAGAUGCAGACGCGAAAUCCAUGCCACCAGUCAAGACUAGUGGUGUGGUAAAGGACAAGGCUAAGGACCCAUUGGACAAGGUCAGUUCUGCCGUCAGCGCCAUCAACAGCCGACUUGGAAAGGCUGGCCAACUUCGUGCUGGCCAACCCAUCGACAACAAGGGCCCAGAUGCUGGUGCUUUCCACGCCACGUUGGAGAUCAACGAUUUCCCUCAAAAGGCCAGGUGGGCUGUCACCAACAGAACCAACGUGGCAAAGAUUCUGGAAGCUACAGGUACAUCAAUAACGACAAAGGGCAACUUCUACCCGGCUGGCAAGGAGGUGCCUGCUGGAGCCGAGCCCAAGUUGUAUAUUCUUAUUGAAGGUGAUACCGAAGUUGUCGUCAGCUCUGCCCUUACCGAACUCACACGCUUGUUGCGGGAAGGAACAAUUGCUGCUGUAGAUGCCGAUAGUCGAGCACCUGCCAGUGGACGAUACACGAUCACUUAA